AAAAAGGACAGAAGAAACGUCUGGCCACGGGGAGUGGGAAUUCGUGUCCUCGUCUCUACUUUCGUCUUCUGGCGGGAAACCCUAGAGGAGAAGUCGAAACACUUCUUGUGGUGGUGGUGGUGGUGGUGAUAGCAGCAGAGAGAGAAGAGAGCUACGAAACGAAGAAUAAGUAGGAUGCACUGGAUUGCCACCAGAAACGCCGUCGUUUCACUCCCUAGAUGGCGUUCCUUCGCCUUCCUCUGCCGCUCGCCAUUUCGCACGCACUCUUCCCUCAAACCCUCGCCUCUUCUGCUUAAUACAAGGUACCCUGAGAGGACAUACUGCUUAGGAGAUGGAAAGGCUGUGAAAGGAAUCACUACGGCUUCUUCUAAGAAAGUUAAGACCAAGUCUACUGAUGUUCUCACUGACAAAGAUCUCUCUCAUUUGCUCUGGUGGAAGGAGAGAUUGCAGACAUGUAAGAAACCAUCUACUCUUCAACUUAUCGAAAGGCUUAUGUACACCAAUCUACUUGGUUUGGAUCCCAGCCUGAGGAAUGGAAGUCUAAAAGACGGGAAUCUCAACUGGGAGAUGUUGCAGUUUAAGUCAAGGUUUCCACGUGAAGUUUUGCUCUGCAGAGUUGGAGAUUUCUAUGAGGCCAUUGGGAUAGAUGCAUGUAUACUCGUUGAGUAUGCUGGUCUAAAUCCGUUUGGUGGUCUUCGUUCAGAUAGUGCUCCAAAGGCUGGUUGCCCAGUUGUGAAUCUUCGACAGACUUUGGAUGACUUAACACGCAACGGUUAUUCAGUGUGUAUUGUGGAGGAAGUUCAGGGGCCAACACCAGCUCGUUCUCGUAAAGGUCGAUUCAUUUCAGGGCAUGCACAUCCAGGAAGUCCUUAUGUAUAUGGGCUUGUUGGUGUGGACCACGAUCUUGACUUUCCGGAGCCUAUGCCGGUCGUUGGGAUAUCUCGUUCAGCAAGGGGGUAUUGCAUGAUAUCUAUCUUCGAAACUAUGAAAGCAUAUUCACUAGAUGAUGGUCUAACAGAGGAAGCACUAGUCACCAAGCUCCGCACACGUCGCUGUCAUCAUCUUUUCUUACAUGCAUCAUUGAGGAACAAUGCAUCAGGGACAUGCCGGUGGGGAGAGUUUGGCGAAGGAGGUCUACUCUGGGGAGAAUGCAGUGGCAGGAAUUUUGAGUGGUUUGAAGGAGAUGCUCUUACCGAGCUCUUAUCGAAGGUCAAAGAUGUUUAUGGUCUUGAUGAUGAAGUUUCCUUUAGAAAUGUCAACGUACCUUCAGAAAACCGGCCACGUCCAUUGCAUCUUGGAACGGCUACACAAAUUGGUGCCUUGCCUACUGAAGGAAUACCUUGUUUGUUGAAGGUGCUGCUUCCGCCUACGUGCAGUGGCCUGCCUUCUUUGUACGUCCGGGAUCUUCUUCUAAACCCUCCUGCUUAUGACAUUGCUCUGAAAAUCCAAGAAACUUGCAAGCUCAUGAGCAAAAUAACAUGCUCAAUUCCGGAGUUUACCUGUGUUUCAUCUGCUAAGCUUGUGAAGCUUCUUGAACAACGGGAAGCCAACUACAUUGAGUUCUGCCGGAUAAAACAUGUGCUUGAUGAAGUAUUACAUAUGCAUAGACAUCCUGAACUUGUGGAAAUACUGAAGUUGUUGAUGGAGCCUACUUGGGUAGCUACUGGUUUGAAGAUUGACUUCGAAACUUUUGUCAACGAAUGUCAUUGGGCUUCUGACUCAAUUGGUGAAAUGAUCUCUCUAGAUGACGAUGAAAGUGAUCAGAACGUAAGUAAAUGUGCUAAUAUCCCGAACGAGUUCUUUUAUGAUAUGGAGUCUUCAUGGCGUGGUCGCGUUAAGGGAAUCCAUAUAGAAGAAGAAAUCACACAAGUGGCAAAAUCGGCUGAGGCUUUAUCUUUAGCGGUAACUGAAGAUUUUCACCCUAUUAUAUCAAGAAUCAAGGCCAUGGCUGCAUCACUUGGUGGUUCAAAGGGUGAAAUUGCUUAUGCAAAAGAACAUGAGUCUGUUUGGUUCAAAGGGAAACGGUUUACCCCAUCUGUGUGGGGUGGUACUGCUGGGGAAGAACAAAUUAAACAGCUGAAACCUGCUUUUGACUCGAAAGGGAAAAAGGUUGGAGAAGAAUGGUUUACGACCCAAAAGGUGGAAGAUGCUUUGGUCAGAUAUCAUGAAGCCACCGAGAACGCAAAUGCCCGGGUCCUGGAACUGUUGAGGGAGUUAUCUGCUAAACUGCAAACAAAAAUAAACGUUCUCGUCUUUGCAUCUAUGCUUCUCGUCAUUGCAAAAGCGUUAUUUUCUCAUGCUUGUGAAGGGAGAAGACGAAAAUGGGUUUUCCCAACUCUUGUUGGAUUCAUUACAGAUGAGGCCGCAAAUCCAUUAGAUGGUGGUGUCACUCAAAUGAAGCUGACUGGGCUGUCACCUUAUUGGUUUGAUGUAGCUUCUGGAACUGCUGUUCACAAUACGGUCGACAUGCAAUCACUGUUUCUUCUAACCGGACCUAACGGUGGUGGUAAAUCGAGUUUGCUCAGAUCGAUAUGCGCAGCUGCUUUGCUUGGAAUCUGUGGUUUUAUGGUUCCAGCUGAAUCAGCUUAUAUCCCUCACUUUGAUUCCAUCAUGCUUCAUAUGAAAUCUUAUGACAGUCCUGUAGAUGGGAAGAGUUCGUUUCAGGUAGAAAUGUCGGAGAUAAGAUCUAUUGUAAGCCAGGCUACUUCAAGAAGCCUAGUGCUCAUAGAUGAGAUAUGCAGAGGGACAGAGACGGCUAAAGGCACUUGUAUUGCGGGUAGCGUGAUCGAGAGUCUUGACGCAAGUGGUUGCUUGGGUAUUGUAUCUACACAUCUCCAUGGAAUUUUUGAUUUGCCUCUUACGGCUAAAAACGUCACCUAUAAAGCAAUGGGAGCACAGAAUGUGGAAGGGCAGACAAAGCCAACUUGGAAAUUGACAGACGGGGUUUGCAGAGAGAGUCUUGCGUUUGAAACAGCUAAGAGAGAAGGUGUCCCGGAGACAGUUAUCCAAAGAGCCGAAGCUCUUUACCUCUCGGUUUAUGCAAAAGAGGCGUCUUCUGGAGUUGUUAGACGAAACAACACCGAGACUUCAUCGGACAAUAGCCUUAAAAUCAGCAAACCAGUCAGGUCUGAGAGAAGCUUAGAGAAGGACUUAGCAAAAGCUAUCCUUAAAAUCUGUGGGAAAAAGAUGGUUGACCCUGUAGGUUUAGAAUGUCUUUCAAUAGGUGCUCGAGAGCUUCCACCUCCAUCUACAGUUGGUUCAUCAUGUGUUUAUGUGAUGAAGAGACCCGAUAAGAGGUUGUACAUUGGACAGACGGAUGAUCUUGAAGGAAGAAUACGUGCGCAUAGGGCAAAGGAAGGACUGCAAGGGUCAAGUUUUCUAUACCUUGUGGUGCAAGGUAAGAGUAUAGCUUGUCAGCUAGAGACCCUUUUGAUUAACCAGCUCCAUGAGCAAGGCUACUCUCUAGCUAACUUAGCCGAUGGAAAGCACCGCAAUUUCGGGACGUCCUCAAGCUUGCCUACGUCAGAUGUAGUCAGUAUCUCAUAGUUUCAACAUUAGCUUUGGCUUUGACUGUAACUGAUCACCUCGCACUCUUAUCUUGGGGUUUGCAGUUGCACAAUUUAGUUUAGCUUAGAACAAGUAGAUUUUUAUUUUACUCGCCAGGCACUUAUGCAGUGAGGAAAGAAAAGAGUGCAUGCCGUUUUUCUUUUAAAGAUUUUUUGAGAUAUUCCGAACGGCAGGCGUUUCUGUACUUGCGAGCGGAUGCAGCAAUUACCAAUUUUGGGUCUUCUGUGUAAUUGCCAUUUAUCAGAUAAUGUAAUAUUCUAAAGAAAAUCAUUCGUAAAUCAUAGUUUCCUGCA